AAAAAAGCCUUUGGGAUGCGACGGAGAUCGAGGGCUUUGAAAAUUUCCAUAUUUGUGUGUGUGUAUAUAUAUCUACGUCGCCAUCUUCUCUUCAAUUAUAUAGUAGUAUUCAUCAUCUUCUUUAAUGCAGAAGAGAGUGUGCGUUUGCGCCCUACUUGCCGGCGAACAAACCGGAGGAGCUAUAUGCAUUGUUGUCUGAGGCGGGAAUUGAUCUGACCGCUGUUGCUAGACUUCUCGUGUGUGCUGGUAGCCAUCGCCAGGGGCAAGAUUACGUGGACUGGUUAUGUCACAUGGCAAAAUCCCUCCACGACCCUAGCUUGAGAACCCUUGAUGAUCUUGAUGAGAUUUCCCCUGAAGAACGUGAGCUCCAAUUGGAAAUUGUCAAGAGGGAAUCCGUGGAGCUUAUGAAAAAAAUCGAUCUUAUAUAUGCUGCAAGGACACGUGAACUUGAUCUUAAAUAUGCUGCAAGGACACCUGACCAUGCAUCCAACAUCCAACACUAAAAUCACGUCUUUGAAGCCAAUCUAAUAAUCAGUACUAGUCUUUUGAUUAUUAUUAUUAUUAUCCCUUUUCGAUUUGAGUUGUUCUUUUUUUUUUUACAUGGAUCUUAAUAAUAAGAUCAUCUCCAUUGGUGGUAUUUAGAUAGUGUUGACAAAGUUGCUUAGCAAUACAAAUAAAUAAUUAAAUGUAAAAGUGAAGCAAAAUGUUAACAAUCGAUGUUUACAAAAGGAGUUUUAGAACUAUUAAGGAUCCUAUGCAUGUUGCCUUCUGAUUGGAUGAAAGAAAAAUAACUUAUUUUUUUUCUUCUACUCGCUCUUUUCUCCGACUUCAUCUCUUCGUCUCUUUCUCUAUUUGGCGAUUGUGGAUGUCAAAUGAUGUUUCAAACUGUUUAUAUUGUUUCAGAUGGGUUAUCAUCUUCUUAAAACGAUUGGGAAUUGAAGUUACCAAAGCUAGAGAUCUAUGCGAUGCUAAUCGUCUCCUUUCUCAAGGACGUUCUCUCUUUCAAGCUUUUCCUCUCUCUUUUUUUAUUUUGUUUCCUGGGUUUUUUUAGCUUCGAAUUUGUUUAAUUGAAGUAGAGCUCUGCAUAAAAAAAAAAUAUACAAAACGUUAAAGGAAGCUUGUGAGGAAUUUGUUCUUGUUCUGACUUGUGUAAGGUAUCCUCUAGAUUUGUGUUCUUGUUAUUUGUGUUUAUAAUUAUCAGGAUGAAAAUAGGUUUGAGCUAAUUGCUAUAUUUGUUGUAGUUUGAUUUAAUUGUUUGGUGUUUGUUUUUAAGAUUCGUUUUUUCUUAAGGUCCUUUUGUGUUAUCUUAGUAUUUCUUUUGCUUUGCAGUGAUCCUCCAAGCUCUGAAGUCAAGAAAGCACCAACGAGAUCUAGUUGCAGUUCCUACGACCUCCAUGGCUUCCGGUGAUGUUCUUCGUCGUUUCAUCAGUGUCUAUCUUUCCCAGUACAGCUCUGACUCCUUGGUGACGUAUUGGGUGUGAGGAGGACAAUUUGAUCCGAAUGCAAUGACAGCAAAAGCAAGAAGUUGAAGAUUUGACGAAAGCGCCAGAGAAAUCAAGAAAAACCUCCAAAGAUUGGUUUCUGCAGCAACAAGGCCAUCAAAGGAGAUGUUGACAAACUCUUAGAACUCACGAUGAGAUCUGAUGCAACGUUGAACACAUGCUGCUAGGUUGGAACUUCGAAGGACCAGAUCCAACGCCUAGCCAGGUUUGUCCACCACAAACUUGUCCUUCAACCUAUUUAGUGGACCAGACCCGUUUUUCUGACGGACAAAACUUGUCCUUAUAUUAGACCAGAUCCGCUUUUGCUGACGUAUGAAGUUUAUUGCAAUUGGUAGUUUGACAUUGGAGAAUUCACGAAGGAUAACAAUAUGAUUGACAAAAGAAGUCUAAAAAUGUUCAGGAUGACACUGGUGAACUCCUGAAGGACAACAAUGUUACUACACAAAAAAGGUACGUCUCUUUGGACAAGUCUUAUAUUUGGUUUAAUCCACUGCAUUUUCAUUUCUGGACCAUAAUACACUUGCUUUUUUUUCUAUCCAAUCAUGUUGUCUGUUAAGUUCCUGGUGGACCACUUUUUAGUUUAGAACAUUAAGUCCAUCACACUAACAUGUAUGUUAUCUAUCUAAGACGUUCAUAUUGACAUUUGAGAACUCCCGGAGGACAACAAUGUUACUACACAUUGAAGUCCGAAGACGUUCAACCUAACAUUGGUGAACUCUCGGAGGACAACAAUGAUACACAGAGAAGACUUGAAAUUGAUGAAUUCUCGGAAGACAACUAUAUUACUGAUCUGGAGAACUCCACCAACUUUAGUCUCUUUUAUAUCUACAUAUAUAAAUAAUGAUAAUUAAAGAAAGAAUUAUUUGCCCAAAAAUUAAUGAUUUUUUUUUAUAAUGAGUAUUAUAGUAUUUUGAUCGUAUGAAGUAAAAACACGAAAUGGCAUAAUUGAAAAGAAAAUAACAAAAGUGGCAUUUCUGCAACUUUAACUCUCAGAAGGGCACUUCUAACAAAAUUCCCAAAAAAAUAAAGGGUUUAUUGCCGGCGGCGAGAGAGAGAGAACAGUCGCCGGAGAAUAUGGUUACCGGGAAGAUAGCAACUCGUCUUCAUCUCUUGAUCGAUCGUUGUGUUCGAGGAUACGCCGAAAGAGAAGAGAUGAGUUCGCCGACGAAGGAAGCGGAGAAAUAUUUGCUUCUUUCUCUAUCUCAGGUGUUGAGAGAGAUUCAGUCUUGGAUUAGCGAAAUUGCAAGUGAUUCGAUGGUGGAAGAGGGAGAGGAGACUGUUGAUCAUGAGGAUGAAACUGAUGCUGCUUUUUGCUUGGAAAGAGUUGUGGCUGAUCUUGUUGGUUUGUUGGGUAUGAAGAAUGUGCAUGUUAAACAUUUGGCUGGCAACAUUCUUGUGGAAGUUUCCGAGUGUCUUGUUGAAUCUGGAAGUCAAUGGGAUGAUUUCAUUCGUUUGCUUUGUGAAUGUUUGUGCUUAGCAGUUAUCUACAGUUGCCCAAUCCCUGCUGUUUCUUCAUCAACUGGAUUUGGAAGUCCGGAUCUACAUUUCUUGGGUUCUGAUGUUCUUAAAUGUAAGCUGGAAAAGGCUAACUGGUACAUGGUGUCUGAUAUUUUUCGAGUUCUUCGUAAUAUAUUGAAGCGAUUGAGCCAAGAAGAAAAUGAGGAUCUUCUUGAUGUAUACUUGGAAUCUGUCAACUCUACACUUGCAGAAGUUCCUUGGUGCCGAGUGGACGCUAUUUUCUCUCAUCAGCAUCGUAGUGGAACUUUUGGAAGCACUAAAAACUGUGAGGAAGCAACAGUAUUUCUUGGGAGCUUUGUUCAGUUUCUCUGUUCCGUGGUUCAGCAGGUUCCCUUUGCUGAAGAAUCUGAUGGUUUUGAACCUACACAUUUGAUCCUCCAAAAAACCAUCGAGCUUGUUCCUGAUCUCCUCCGUUGGUGCCAUCCAAAGUUAGAAAGUCAAAGUGGCUCUUCCAUGUCAAGAUACCUAUGUCACAAGUUGCUGGUCCUAAUGAUCAGGCUCACUUAUCAGUCCAAUAUAAAAUGUACCAUUCUUCUUUCAUGGCUGCAAUAUUUGCAACGCCAAUUUCAAGGCUUUCUUCAACACACCCUAACGAGCUUUAAACCCAUCCAAGAUAAUUGUUUGGAAGGUUCGCCAUUUUUUGUGAGUUUGUCUGAUAGGGAGGUCAGUGAGACGCAUUCUAAUCAUUUGCAAAGACUGUCUGUGUUUCUGUUCCUACGUUGCUCCUUCACUCUGCUUUACUCGAGUAGACAUACCGACGAGCACUGUGAGUUUGAUUGUAGUAAGAAAGGAAUGGAAGUGAUGUUUAAAUGGAUUGAACGACAGAUUCCAGGUGAUACAUUUUCCGACCACAGAGUUUAUACCAAGAAGAGUGUUGUCUUUUCUGCAUCCUUCGUCCGGUUGUUCAUGCAUGAGGAUGAUCUACUAUUUAAAGUCCUCCUGCAACUCCUGUCUGUACCAUUGCAUAGAGAAGAACUGCUUAACGUGGAAGGGCAUUCGCGUCAAGAUGAGGAACAAACUAUUCUCUUCCGUUUAUCAACCUUGUUCAAUCCCGUAGUCCUAUUCUGUAUAUUUCUUUCAGAGUUGCAUUAUGAUCAUCAAGUCCUUCUUGAUUACCUAAUAUCUAAAGACAUCGGGGCUAGCUGUGCAGAGUACCUGCUGAGAUGUUUGCGGGCAGUCUGUGAUUCAUGGACCCUAUUUGUGGAAUUCCCAUUUGAAGAAAGUACAAAUGCUUCAUCGUCAAAGAGAAGAAAACAUUUGCUUCAUACUUCUGGGGUUGAAAAGAAGUGUAAACUACAUCCUCAGGCUUUUGAAGAUGCCAAAGAUUGUCUGCUUUCGUUGCAAAAUUCAGUUGUUAAGCUACAUCAGAAGAAACUAUUUCCAUAUAACCCAGAAGCUCUUCUUCGACGUUUGUCAAGGUUUCAAGAGCUCUGUCUAUCCAACGGGUAAUUUAUCUGGACCAAAGAAUUUUCCCAAGAGGUUUCCAUUUAUUGACAAGAAAAAUGUGGUGAUAGAAGUCUUUAAACCUCUCAAUUUAGCUUCUCAGCUGAGAUUCUCUGAGUGAGAAGGAUCAGAUGCCAACACAAAGAAGACUCCUUUCCAGAUCAAAUUGCAAACUAUUGGCUCACAAAUUGAAUUGUAUAGAGAUCCUAAAUUCUUUGUUGGUGCACCUGCUAUGAAACAGAGAGUAUUAUGUUCUUGCCUCCAUAAUCCAAAUCUGAAAGGUAUAAGAUACUCUGGUCAAGCUAAUAUGAAACUGCCCCAGCCAAAUACAGUAAGCAAUGAAGAAGUAUCAAAAUUACAGUGUAGAAAUAAUUAAAAAAUCACAAAUAUUGAAACUCUCUUAUUCAUAUCAUAGAUGUAAUUGAGCCCAAAUCAUAACACAGUUGUUAUCAUUUUACA